AAUAUAAUACAUAUAAAUAACUAGAUAAGAACAACAGAAUCAAACAAAGAGAGAGAAAAAAAGAAAGAAAGAAUUACAAUCUUGUGUUUACAGUCUCUCAACAGUCAUCAAUCACCGUCUUCUUGAUUUCGCAACAAUCUUCAAUUUCUCUCUGUUCAGAAAUGGGGAUAUAUCUCAGCACUCCCAAAACUGAGAAAUUUUCUGAAGAUGGAGAGAGUGAUAAUCUUAGAUAUGGUUUAUCGUCCAUGCAAGGAUGGCGUGCAACAAUGGAAGAUGCUCAUGCUGCGUAUACUGAUCUGGAUGAGUCUACUUCGUUUUUCGGUGUUUAUGACGGUCAUGGAGGUAAGGUGGUUGCAAAGUUUUGUGCUAAGUUUCUUCACCAACAGAUGCUUAAAAGUGAAGCAUACUUAGUUGGAGAUAUUGGAACCUCUCUUCAAGAAUCAUUUUUAAGAAUGGAUGAGAUGAUGCGUGGUCAGAGAGGAUGGAGGGAGCUAUCAAUCUUGGGAGAUAAGAUAAACAAGUUUACUGGGAUGAUAGAAGGGCUGAUUUGGUCUCCACGAAGCAGCAAUGGUAUUAGCAGAGUUGAUGAUUGGGCUUGUGAGGAGGUAGGUCCGACAUUCGAGGAUAGUUUAAUACUCGGGCCUCAUUCUGAUUUUGCUGGACCAACUUCAGGAAGCACAGCCUGUGUUGCAGUUAUUAGAAACAACCAACUUCUUGUCGCAAAUGCUGGUGAUUCACGUUGUGUAAUAUCUCGGAAGGGACAGGCAUACAAUUUGUCUAUAGACCACAAACCUGAUCUUGAGAUUGAGAAGGAAAGAAUUUCGAAAGCUGGUGGUUUUAUUCAUGCCGGAAGAGUAAAUGGCAGUUUAAACCUUACAAGAGCUAUUGGUGACAUGGAAUUUAAACAGAACAAAUUUCUUCCUGCUGAAAAACAAGUUGUAACUGCCAAUCCAGAUAUUAACACUGUUGAACUUUGUGAUGAAGAUGAAUUUAUGGUUCUAGCUUGUGAUGGCAUAUGGGACUGCUUGUCAAGUCAACAAUUGGUAGAUUUUGUUCAUGAACAACUGCGUUCGGAAACAAAACUGUCUGCUGUGUGCGAAAGAGUGUUUGACCGGUGUUUGGCACCAUCAACUGCUGGUGGCGAAGGAUGUGAUAACAUGACUAUGAUCUUGGUCCAGUUCAAAAAACCUGCUUAGUUCAGUGCACCAGCACAAGACCAAUCCUCAUCAAAAGAACAAGCUGAAUCACAAGUUGAACCGAAAGAAGUUUAGUACUGUAUUCUGUUGCAACUGUUCAAAUAUGCAUUCUGUAUAAUACCUAAUAGACACACAGUUCAAAUAUGCAUUCUACAUAUAUAAUAGGCACACACAUAUUCACCCCAAAUGUAUAGUAGUAGUGUACACAAGUGCAUAUUUUGUUUUCUGCAUGUCCAUUCCCCUUUUAUCUGACAUUAUAUGCAGUAGUUAUUUUGAUAACUAUAAUAAUAUCAGAAUUUUUCUAGUGUCUA